AUGGUUUCUCUAUCACGGGCAGCGGCCCUGAUUUCAGCAGCCUUACUUGGCUCGGCUUUAGCCUUGGACCCUAUCUGUGUGAAUGUCCGAGGCCCAAACUUCGUGACUAAUCCAGGUUUCGACUCAGGCUCGAGCCGAUGGAACCAAAUUCCAACGGGUUCAGGGGGCCUCGUCGAAACUGGUGAACAGGCAGAUGGUACAAAUGGCCCAUACUGGAGAUUUCUUGCGAGCACAACUAGCCGAUCUAUCUUACAGUCCAUGUCUGGAGCGACUGCCGGAACAGAGUACGCCCUAUCAAUCAACUACCAAGGGUACAUACCCCCGACCUCGACAGUCUCAUCCACGUCUUGUACCAUACGCCUCGUCAUCGUAGAAUCCGGCGCCUCCAGGACAGUCCUGACUGAGUCGCCAACUCUUUCGAAAGAUGCUCAGCCAUGGAGGACUGCGCAGGUUUCCUUUGUACCCGCAACAUCUGCGUUCAACCUUCAAAUUAUCGAAACCUGCUCUGUAUCGGGUUCAGCCGCAGGGAUCCAGAUGCGUUUUGACAAUAUCUUCAUCGGGACAUCGACUCUUGUUUGCACACAGCCCUCCAGCACCCAGAUCUCCAGCACUCAGAUCUCCAGCACUCAGAUCUCUAGCACUCAGAUCUCUAGCACUCAGAUCUCUAGCACUCAGGUUUCUAGUACUGUCGCCAGCGCUGCUUCUAGCAGCGAGGUCUCAAGUAACUCCUCUAGCACUAGUAUUUCUAGCACUGCCUCGACUUCGGAUGUUUCUAGCACUCCCUCCAGCACUGAGAUCUCUAGCACUCCUGCUAGUACUGCCUCUAGCACCGAGAUUUCCAGUACCCCAUCCGGCACCGGGAUCUCAAGUACUGAUAUUUCCAGUUCUGAGCUUUCUAGCACUCCCUCCAGCACUCCCUCUAGUACUGAGAUUUCCAGUGCUGAGAUGUCUAGCACUCCCUCUAGUACUGAGGUCUCAAGCACUGAGCACCGAGGUUUCCAGCACCGAAGCUUCCAGUCUAGCCUCAACCCCUACAACACCCAGCGCCACACCAUCCAGCUCCGCUUCCUCGACGGCUACUACGGCUACUCCAACCGACUCCUCGACCUUCGACUCUACGGCCAUCUCUGCCACGACUCCCAUAAGCUCUAG